UAUAUGCGUUGGAAAGCAGUGGUAGAGCUGUAUUAAAAAUAUCUAUUUCGUGUAUAUAAUAUUAAAUAUUAGUGACCAUUUGGGGUACUUCAACAGAUUGUAUCCCGUUUGUCUAUCGGUUGUCAAAAUUGGACACAGCGUGGUUAUUUUGAACAACAAAAAAUUAGAAAUCCAAUUUAAAAAAUAUGCCUACGGUUUGUGCCGCCUAUAACUGCACAUAUCGCCAUAAGAAAGGCGACAAUAUUUCGCUUCAUCAGUUUCCAAAAGAUCCGGAAUUAAAGACCAAAUGGUUGCAAGCCAUGAGACGCCUUAAUUAUGUGCCAUCAAAUACAGCAAGGCUGUGUAGCCAACAUUUCCUUGAGACUGACUUUAUUAUACAAUUUGGAAAAAAAUUACUAAAAAAUGGGGCUGUACCAACUGUAUUCAAAUUUCCUAAACAUCUGAUGAAGUCACCUGCAAAACCCAGAAGUACGCGUCUUCAAAAAAAAGAUGCAGCAGUUAGUCCCAACAUUUCACCAAAAAGUUGCACCAUUGACCCUGAAUUGCCCGCAGAAGGUGAACAAUUGUAUGUUCAAGCUACGCCAUCAACUAGUCGAAAUCUUGAACAAUCCCUCGCUCUUACUGAAAAUUGUGGCCUUCCAUCAACCAGUUUCAGUUCUAGGAAACGUAAAAACUUUGUGUAUUUUGGGGAUUGUAAAGAAGACGAUUUGAGAGACCCAAAGAAAGCAAAACUUAUGUGGGGUAUUGCAAAAGAAACAAUAAGAAAACAGAGGAAGACCAUAAAGUAUUUGCAUACCAGAAACAGAAGACUCCAAGCCAAAGUAAAGACACUAGGUGAAAUAGUGAACCAUUUAAAGAAUACUCAACGAAUAUCUGUUGACAGUUAUAUGGUACUACAGGUGAUACACUUGUUUUAUAUGAAAUUUGUACUAACCGCUAGUAGUGCCACUAACAAGAAUGAUUUUAUUUUUUCGCUUCUAAUUUGUGUCUGAGAAUAAGUUUCAU